AAAUGUGGACAGAGCCUUCCCAAAUCUUCGUUCGCAAAGCCCAGCCAUGACUGACAUAGUGGUACCUCUUAAAUGCGUGUGGGCAUUUUGGGUGAGUGGAUGCAGUGCCUUUGGGUGUGUGACAUGGCAGCCACGAUGUUGUAGUACCCUUUGAAAGCUGGACAAAGCUGCAGAAGGUUGCAGAAUCAGAUGUCACUAGUAGAUUUGGGAAAGAAACUUUUAGAAGCUGCACGAGCAGGUCAAGAUGACGAAGUUCGCAUUUUGAUGGCAAAUGGAGCACCUUUUACCACAGACUGGCUGGGAACAUCUCCACUUCAUCUAGCAGCACAGUAUGGACACUACUCAACCACAGAGGUGUUGCUGCGAGCAGGUGUAAGUCGGGAUGCCAGAACCAAAGUGGACAGAACUCCAUUACAUAUGGCAGCAUCAGAAGGCCAUGCCAGCAUAGUAGAAGUCUUACUUAAGCAUGGUGCUGAUGUCAAUGCCAAGGACAUGCUCAAAAUGACUGCACUUCACUGGGCUGCUGAGCAUCACCACCAAGAAGUUGUAGAACUCUUGAUAAAGUAUGGAGCAGAUGUUCAUGCUCAGAGUAAAUUUUGCAAAACAGCAUUAGAUAUUGCAGUAGACAACGGGAAUGAAGACAUUGCAGAAAUAUUACAGAUUGCAAUGCAGAACCAAAUCAACACAAACCCAGAGAGUCCGGACACUGUGACGAUACACGCAGCAACACCACAGUUCAUCAUUGGACCUGGAGGGGUGGUGAACCUAACAGGUCUGGUAUCUUCUGCAAAUACAUCCAAUGGAACAGAUGAAACAGGAGUGUCUGCUGUACAGUUUGGAAAUUCAUCAACGUCAGUAUUAGCUACGUUGGCAGCUUUAGCAGAAGCAUCAGCUCCACUGUCUAAUUCCUCGGAAACACCAGUUGUGGCCACAGAAGAAGUUGUGACUGCAGAAUCUGUGGAUGGGGCCAUUCAGCAAGUUGUCAGUUCUGGAGGUCAGCAGGUUAUUACUAUAGUUACAGAUGGCAUUCAGCUGGGUAACCUGCAUUCCAUUCCAACCAGUGGAAUAGGGCAACCCAUCAUUGUGACCAUGCCAGAUGGACAGCAAGUAUUAACAGUCCCAGCAACAGACAUUGCUGAAGAAACUGUGAUAAGUGAAGAACCGCCAGUGAAGAGACAGUGCAUUGAGAUUGUUGAAAAUCGUGUGGAGUCUGCAGAAAUAGAAGAGAGAGAAACUCUUCAGAAACAGCUGGAUGAGGCAAACAGAGAAGCACAAAAAUACCGUCAGCAGCUUCUAAAGAAGGAACAAGAAGCAGAGGCCUAUCGGCAGAAGUUAGAGGCAAUGAACCGCCUCCAGACUAAUAAAGAAGCUGUUUAAUAAAAAAUGAACACACUGCAAAGCCUGUUACUUUCAAAAACCUGCAGUACAAUCUUGAACUGUACACUAUAUAGGUACAGACAUGGGAUUUCAUGAUAGAGAAGAUGCUACAAGUUGAUAACUGGACUUAAGCCGUGAGCUCUGAUUAAUUUCUUGUAACAUAAAAACUCUGAAUUUAGAAAUUGUGAAAAGUAUUUAAAAUUAAAUACUGUAAAUAGUUGGUUUUUUUACAGUUUCAAAAUAAGUUGAUAAAUCUUUUUGAAGGGAUCCAGAAACAUGAAAAGCCAAUGUUUUUGUGAAAUUUUUGAUUUUAGUAUGAAUCUACUUCUGAAAAACAGAACAGUUUUAAGGGUGAUGUUGAUUUAAGCUUGAAAAUUGAUUAUGUGACAAAAUUAAUUAACAGUUAUUUCUACAUGACAACAACUCAAACAACUUCUCUGAAUAAGACAUUUCCAGGUGGAAAUCUUUGUACAGCUUUAAGUAGUUGUCUCAGAUUCUCUGAAAACCAUUUUUGGUUUUUUUUUAUUUUAGGUGGUGAAAUUUUUAUAUUUAAUUUCAGAUAUAUCCAAGUAGAUUUACAUGUAUAUGAAGCUAAUAUUUUUUAAACUUUUCAGUUUGUACAUAUGCUGCAUGUUUUUAUAAUUUCUACACAUACAUCUUGCAUAGGUAUUUUUCAGCAAAGAUGAGAAAAAUUAUGAGAAAAAUGUUUAGCCUAUAGGUCAUUUGAAGUAAGCUAGCAGCCAGUUUUAUCGUGGAUGGUAUAUUUCUUGGAAGAAUGUAAUUUGUAAUUAAGAAGAACAAAAAAGAAUCUUAAUUUACAUAUUAAGAGGCAAAAUUUGGUAGUGGAGGCAUUGAAACUUCACUUUGUGUGUCUUACAAUUUUCCUGUACAAACAUUUUAAAGUUCAGUAAUGAAUAGAAAAGAAUGUCUCCACUGGAACACAAAUAGUAGUUAUUUUAGAAUAUUCCUAUUGAUCUCUCUUCCCCAAUAGCCUUGAAAUUACUUCAGUGAUACAUUUUUUUCUGAACAGACUUUUGCAUUUUAAUUAUGCAAUUGGACAAGUAAUUUUUUUUAUGUUGUAGUGAUGCUCUUCCUACCCAGCAUCAUUGUUCCUCACUGUGAUACUGUGUUUGUGUGUGUCUGUGCAGUGAUCUAUUAUGCUUAAAAUUUAUAUGGCACAUUACAUCUUCAGCGCAUUGUAAAAUCUUUUAAAGAACCCUUUCCUAUACUACCUGAGGCAGGUAAGUGUUAUUGUCUCAAUUUUAUAACUGGUAUAAAUGCAACACAAGGGAGUGGUAAAUGACUGGCUUAACACCACAUGAACCUGUGGUCACCUGGGAAUGGAUCUCAGGAGUUCCUGGCUUCUAGUCCUGUGCUUAGACUGAGCUGCCUUAAGACUGUUCAGUGCUGUGUUACAUUAAAUUUUGAACUACUGUGCAGGUUCGUUUUUUGUAAGAUAAAAUUCUUUGUGCUUUGCUUUGUUGUUCCAUGUUCACUGCUUUUAUGGAAUUGUUUAUAUAAACUUAAGCAAAAAGUCUGGUUUAUCUAUACUGUACACGGAAGAAUUACCCUUAAAACUGUACUCUGGCCUACUUUUUCUAUUUUACAAUUAAAUAUCUUUUCCACAUAUA